AUGGAGAAAAAACACACGCUCUCUCCUGCCGAAAAGCUCUCGGUGGUCAAGAGAGGAACCCAGCCGGAGCAAGCUACGAUUGAGCGGGUCAUUGCCGAAUGGAGGAAGAACCACGACCGGUCCUUCAAAGCCUCGCAGCGAGUACGCGUGUCCAAUCGGCGAUCACCCGCCGACCACUUGACAACGGAACUCCGCGACACCAUUGCUUCUGCAAACCAACAUUGCUUGCCUGUGUCCGCCGAGUCGUUGUCCAAGACGCUGGAAGAUGUGGACGGAGUGACCUACAUCCGCAAGAAGUUAGCGAACCGUAUCGACAACAACCACGUCGUUGCCCCCGAAGUGUUCCUCGACGAAUCCUACUGUAAUCUCAACCACACGCCGCGCAACACAUGGGUUGACGUAACGAAGCAGCGUAACUCCAAGAGUGACAAGGGCCCUCGUAUGUGUAUUGUUGGAGCUGGAGUCGUGCGCACAAAGAACUGUGUCAUAUUUAGUGAGUGGGUCAACGGAUUCGUCGUCAUGUGGCAGUCGUUGGGCAAGUCGAAACGCAAACGAGCUGUUGUGGCGGAUGUGGACGACGAUGACUAUCAUGGGAACUUUACAAGCGAGAUUUUCGAGGACUGGUUCACCAAGCUGUGUCGGUCGUUACAGCAAGAUCAUGGCGCAUGCAACAUUCACAUGGACGGCGCGAGUUAUCACAAACGCAUUACGAAUCCGCGCCCCAAGGUGUCCAGCCGGAAGGCCAACAUUCUAGCGUGGCUCGCGGCGAAAGCUGAGUUGCUCGUGAUGGUCACGACGUCCCGCGAUGGACCUCGGUACGCCCCCCAGCUCAUUGCAACUGAGUACGGCCAUACCCUGUACUACACUCCCCCGUACCACCCUGAGUUGCAGCCGAUAGAGAUCAUUUGGGGCAUCGUGAAGCAAAAGAUGGCCCGCCGGUUGUCGACCUCCAUGGCGGACAUGGACGCACGCUUGAAGAAAUUCAUGAGUGAGGUCCCUUUUUCCCAAUUGGUGUCUGCGCAUAGAAAAGCACAAGCAUUUGAGGUGAUUCCGAUUCGGAUAGCUGUGGCCGGGACGGCGACGUAG